CGUUCGCCCGUGACGGACGUAACGCGUGUCCUCCGCGGUCAUUGUUUAUUUACUUCGCGUAUAUUUAGGACGCUGACUCAAUAUUAGCCAUGGUUUUUGUUCCACAUGUAUCGUCAGACACGUCGAAUCCGUCUACAUCAGGCCUUAACACAACAGACAAGCACAACGAAGACAUAAUGCGAAAAAAUGAAGAUGAAGCCCCAGUCAAAGAAAACGAGGGCUCCGUAUCAGACUGGAUAUCGGGAGGACCUCUCGGCUCUAAAGGAGCCGUACUGGUGUUCAGAUCAUGCGUCCUAGCAUCCAGGACGCCCUCCAUGGAGUCCGAAACAAAAACAAUAGGGAACAACACUGGGACUACCAUACUACUGAACAAAGCGAAGAACAUGGCAAAAAGAUUGGUCGCUGAGCCGCACUCCUUCUCAAUGAGACCGAAGACCAUAAUGCAUGACGUGAUGGAGACGUUUGGGAGUAGCACCAAGUACACUGGCCAAGCGUACGUGGUCCGGCACGUGAGUGAUCAGAAUUUACCCGAGACGGUGUGUAUGGACGAACAGGGCCAUGAGGAACGGGAUCCGAUGGCACACAAGCGCGACAUAGAGGACGUGCUCAAUGAUCUGAGCAAGAUCACCCUGAAGAAACACUUGAAUAUAGAGAAUACGACUGCUAAUAUCAAGCCUCCUGAGGAACCACCUCCUCAUGCUCACGCUGGCAAAGAUGGGAAGGACGACAAAAAAGGGAAGAAAAACAAGGGUAAGCACAAGCGCAAGGCACCAGUGUCGCAGCGUGCGAACUCCCCUUCCCUGGAUAGCGACGACUCUGAACACUUGCUUAUCAAGGAGGUCGAGAGCAUCAAGGUCCUGGAGAGCAGCCACAUGCCAGCGCGUCUCCUAAAAAUAACCUACAAGCUAGUGAACACGGAGACCAAACUCCUCCACCGGUUGCUCCAAGCCCACGGGCUCCAGGAAUCAGCUCCAGAAUCCAAGGACUGCAACCUCUUGUGGUCAGGACUCCACCCCAAGCCUGAUGUUCUGAGGUCCCUGUCCCCGUACCAGCGAGUGAAUCACUUCCCAAGAUCCUACGAGCUAACCCGCAAAGACAAACUCUUCAAGAACAUAGAGAAGAUGCAGUACUUCCGAGGGUUGAAGCAGUUCGACUUCAUCCCCACCACAUUCCUCAUGCCGGCUGAGUAUAAGGAGUUGUGCUCCACGCAUUACAGGACUAAGGGCCCUUGGAUUGUCAAGCCAGCGGCUUCGAGUCGCGGUCGCGGGAUUUAUAUUGUUAAUUCUCCCGAACAAAUCCCCAAAGGCGAGAACGUAGUAGUAGCAAAGUACAUAGACAAGCCCCUCCUAAUAGGGGGUCAUAAAUGCGACCUCCGACUCUAUGUGUGCAUGACAUCAAUAGACCCCCUACUCAUAUACUUGUAUGAGGAAGGCCUCGUACGCUUCGCUACCGUCAAAUAUGAUAAGACAAACAAGAAUCUGUGGAAUCCAUGCAUGCAUCUUUGUAAUUACAGCAUCAAUAAGUACCAUACGGAUUAUAUCAAAUGUGACGAUCCAAACGCCGGUAACAUAGGCCACAAAUGGACAUUAUCUGCGCUACUCCGUCACUUGCGCAAACAGGGACGUAACACCACUGCGCUAAUGGCGGCCAUUGAAGACCUCGUGGUUAAGUCCAUACUGUCUUCUGCGCAAACCAUCACGGCGGCUGCUAGGGUUUUUGUGCCCAACUUCUUUAAUUGUUUUGAAUUGUUCGGCUAUGAUAUCCUGAUCGACGAUAUGCUGAAGCCGUGGCUGCUUGAAAUCAAUCUGUCUCCGAGCUUAGCAUGCGAGAGUCCGCUGGACGCUCGCGUCAAGUCAGCACUACUGGCGGACACGCUGACGCUGGUGGGGCUGCCGGCCGUGCCCAUGUGCAAGCCCGACAUCUCCGCGCAGACCAACUCGCUCAAGAUGCGGAUAGGCGCGUGUCGUCGAGUCCACUCGGCAGAAAACGUCUGCGUCCGCGGCAAGCGAGCGGCCGCCGACACGAGCGCGGGCACCGCGGGGACCACGGGCUCGGGAGCCCUGGCCGCGCUGACGGGCGAAGAGCUGCGCCUCGUGCGGGCUGUGCGGGCGCAGUACGCGAGGAGGGGGGGCUUCGUCAGGAUAUUCCCCUCGCAGAACUCUUGGCAGAAGUACUCGCAGUAUUUAGACCCGGUAACAGGUAUCCCAGUAUGUUCGACAUCGCUGAACAACAACAUCCCGUACCAAGUGGUACAACACAACUACAACCUGCUGGUACACUCGCAUGUACUGCCGCACUUCCAGCACGCUACUGUUGCCACCAGUCUUACUGAUACGCCGCAGAGGUUGAAACGCUACGAGGCAGUGAGCAUCACGUGCCAGGCGCCGGCGGUGUGGCUCGGGGAGAGCACCCCGCAGCAUCACGACACGCGACGCGCCAAGGAGCUCGUCAAGCGGCAGCUCAUGGAGGGCAUGAAGCUCACUAUGGGAGAAGCUCGUCGCGCCUUCGGCCUAUUCCUUACCCACGUGCUGAAGAGAGUAUCCUCCCCCUGCAACGAGCUGGCGGUCCAGCAUGCGGCCCUCGUGCUCCGGUUCCUCAAGCGAGCGUCCGCGUCGCUACGAAUGCCGUACAAUGUAAAGGGUCCGCCAGUGAAGAUGUGCGACAAGGACCGUUGCGCCGUCAUCGCUAAGCAGCUGAACGAUUUCCUGUACAUGUACUACAGGGAAACCGAUCUGUAUACCGACAGCGAAGACAAAGAGGGAUGCGUCUCGAAUAUACAUUUUGCGCAGUUCCUGUAUUCUGCGAGCGAGGCCGACCUAGAAGACGUGCUCCUCCUCCAACUGAAGAUGGAGAACUAUCAGACGACCUUCCUGGGCGAACCUCGCAACCUGUUCUGCGUGGACCUGCCGCCCAGCAAGCUCUGCGCCGAGCCGCCCGCCCGACACACGCUGCUCAGGCACCUCGCCUGUCUCUCGCCUAACAAUACUAGGAAGUAUAGAUCUGAAUGGGCGACAUGGAUCAACACGGCCGCUAAAUUGGGAUCGGCGGAAUCGCAGGGUCGUCUAGAAUCCGAGACGGAUAGCGAGCACGUGCCGGCCGCUCCCUUCGCCAGCUCCGACCUCGUGCUCAAGGAGUCGCUCAAGGAGGAGAAGCCUCUCACGCAAGCCUUGAAGUAUGCCAGGUCAUAACCUAGAUAAGUUGUUAACUCUUGCUGACUUCAGGUGUAGGGGGUAUUAACAAGGUAGAAAAUGAAAUUCGACCGAUAUGCUGCAAGUUCUUAGUAUUCGAUUAUAAAAUUCUCAACUGCACCGAAAGCGAUCUUACCGUGUGCCUCGGGCAUGAGAAAACACGAUUUUGUGUACCGAUUUAAGCUUCAAAUAAUUUUCUGACUCAAACGUGACAAUGUAAUUUAUACAAGUAAAGUAUCUAAUAGUAAAAAAAACAUUUGUCAAGCAGUCAGCAAACUUUUUGCGAAGCACUUUGGCGGCUAAAGAGGUAUUCUCCUACUCAUCUGAUACAGAAGUUUGAGAAUCCUUUAUCAGGAGGAUAAGGGCGAUUACAAAAAUUAAGACAGUCUAUUCAACCAAAAAUCGACCUUAAAAACAUCACCAUAAGAACGUUUUCCCCCUACAUCUCAAAUCAGUAAGAUAACUUAAUUCCCACUAGAAAUCCUUGCUAGAUACCCGCAUUCGUGUUUCCUCGUCUUUGCUUCUACAUACCCACUUGCUUGAAUACCAAUUGCCCAUACAACGUACAAAUUAUACCAAAACUAGAUGUUAAUAGUAAUAAACAAAUGUAAAGCUUAUACAUGAAAACGUGACGUCAGAUUUAUAUAUUAACUUUGAAGAUUUCCCAUAGAAAAAAGAUCUGUAUUGAUGACAGGAAAUUAGCGUGCAUUCUUUUCUUAUUUAUGAUUUAUUUUUUAGAAGAACACAAUUAGGUGCAUAUACUUAAUAAUUGUGUUCGGAAAUACUUUAUGUAUAGAUACUGUAAAUUGCAAUCAUUUAUGUGAUUAAAUUAUUAAUUAAAUAUCUUAUUUCUGCACGCAAUUAUAAAAGCUUACUCAACCCCAUAUAUAUGGGCUUUCGCCAACAUUUCGCCAACACUUCACUCCAGCGAAUAUAAAGCUAACCAGCUAAAAGUAAAUAAAUUCUUCAGCUUUACAUGUAAUAUUAGAAUAAAAUAUGAUCUGACGCUAUUGUCAUGUUUUAAUAAGCUACCAUCCAACCAAAAAAGCUUAACAUAGAAUUACCAACUAAGUAAAAACUCAAACAAAAUAAAUAUCAAUUCAGUAGUUUAAAAUAAAUGUCGCCACCACCCACGACUGCCUUCUUAUAGUACAAUCAGCACGGUUUGCCUUCGAAACUUAGCAAUAAUUACUAUAACAAUUAAGACAUGAUCUAUUUACCCGGCACUAGAUUAUAAUAUGAAGGUGCUAUAAGCUAUUAACUGCGGAAUUCUAUAACUUAUCUAUCCUUUUGAUUUGACAUAAUUUAAAUGGAGUUAUCAAAGGAUAGAUAUUUUAUAGAAAUCCACCAUAAAUGAUUCAGUUGUAGAUAACUGGCUAUUGUAGGCGAUAUGACGGGACGAUCGUUUACGAUCGAUGAUACAUUAAAAUUGUAUAGAAGGGUAAAGCUUAUUACUUUUAAAUGUCGUAGUACUUACAAACAUGGCCCUUAAGAACUCUUAAGGAAUUUUAUCCUACUUUACGGCUUUCAUAAGGCGAAAAAAGUGAAGAUUCUUCUUCUUUUUUCAUUAAAAGAAUAAAUAAUGUUCUACUAAAUGAAAAAGUUGUGGGCCAUCUUGCAAAUCCUUGUGUCUGGCACGUCGUAUCGUCUAUGGUUGCUAUCCAGAUUGCUAUAGACUGAAGAAGUAUCGAAAUGUACUUAAAUACAAAACAAGGGGUCUGGUACGAAAUUACUAUUGUAAUUGUAACGUUAGAGUAAACGAUUUUGUAUCGUUGAAGCUAUAACUUUAGCUGUCCCCAAGAAAUUUUUGAGUACCCAGAAAAUCGUUACUUUUAGGUACUUCCCAGUUUACCUCGUAAUCUUCCGCAUUAUUGCAAUAGUAAGUUCGUGCUUGACCAACAGCUCUCGACACGUUGUGAAUUUAAAUUAAUAUUAUGAAUAACAGAUAGCUUGCUCUAUGAUCACAUGUUAAUCUAUGAUUUUAAUGUUUUUAGUAUUGUAAAUUGAGACCUAUUUUAUAAAUAUUACAAAUAGGAAACUUGACAAAUCUAUUAUAAAAUAUUAAUUAUUUUAUAUGCUUUCAUUCGUAAUAUUUAUUCAAUAGGUCUCAAUGUAGGUACAAUAAGGCAUGCAGAAGUCUAGACUUUAGCGAGUAAUCUCUACAGCCUUAAAAUUAAAAAAAAAUGUCAGACGGAUAAACGCGGGCGAAAGAUUUUUAUAUCGGCAUUUAAGAUACUAUUGAAACUUCUAAAUAUGUACUUAAAAGGGAUAGGAAAUGCAUCAUUUUGAACAUGUCAUUAGAUAAUAUGUAAAAAUGAUUUUAAAUAUUAUACUUUUUUUUGUUAAAUUCGCGUGAAGCUGAGCCUUAUCCUUUAUAAUAUAGUAUUGUACCCCGUUGUGAUUUAACAACUUAUGCUAGUCGACGUGGUCACCAGUGCGCAACGCCAAAGUCUCGAAUUAUUUAUUUUAUUUUUAGAUGAAUUUGUUUUAUUUUUCUUUAUAUAAAGAUUUUAUUUGGAAUUAUCACGAGUUCAGUGACUAAACAAUAGUCGUAGUUAUAAAAUAGUCACUUUAUUCUUCGACAGAAUUACGAAAUCUUUGCAAUAAUUAAUCACUUAACGACUUACCGUCCACCGCGUGAUUGCAUUUUUUAUGAAUCUCAUAAAAUUUUAAUUUGUAAUGAUAUUUUUAAAAGUAUUACUAGGUUUAAGUGAGAAGUGUUUAGUUUAGUUGUGUUCGUUUGUGAUAUUCCUAAACUGCCCAAUUCCAAAUUGUUAAAUUAUUUAGCACAAAAUCUGCAAUGAUUGGAGACCUGCUAGCUACGAUGAUAAAGCAUUUCCGGGCAGUUUAUACUACGAUAUUGAAAUAGUGACAAACGUUCCAAGAUAGUAAGCAAGAACGUAGGUCCUAAAGCUGUACGUAUUCAUCAGUUACAGCCACUUAUUAACCGAUCUCUCAUAUAAUUUUUAAAUUGAUUAUACCUAAUAUAUUAUUUCAAAAUAUUUUUUGCAGCUGAGCUGUUUUAGUUACGAUCUUAUUUAAUGUGUAGUGAAAUUCUUAAACUUUUUUUUAGCUAACAUCAAUGAUUUUUCUUUUUUCAAUUUUAUAUAUGCUUAUUUGUAGAACUAGUGCCAUAUCCCAAAGAUGUAAGUCGCAGUGUAAUGUCUAAUAUCGCUGUCACUGACCAGUGAAUUUAUUAGCUUGAGUACAAAGUGUGGAAUAGUGAGAUACAUCGGCAAAGUUUUAAUCUCGUAUAUACUAUGUGAAAAUAUAUUUUGAAUAUGCUAAAUAAAAGUUGAAAGCGA